AUGUUCAGAUUAUUUCAGAAGUCUAUAUUUCGAGAAGCUGAUGAAAUGGAACUGAAGUUCAAUAAUAAGAUAAACAAUGAAGAUUUGGAUCUUUUCACUGUAUUCCUUAACCAAGAAAUCAGAAGGCUAUCACAAAAGGUUUGCUAUGAUUUUAAUACAGUUCAAGAUGUCAUGCAGAGCACCAAACGAGCUUGGUUGCAGGAUAAAAGCACGAUAGUUUUGGAUCGACACCUUCUAGCAAAAGAUAUCGUGUACGUGUUCUCGUGCUACUAUUGUGGAUUCAGGAACAUCCUUGCUUACUGGUCCAACUGUAUGUAUCUCACGUGA